AUGUCGCUCGAAACGGACGGUGCAGAUGCAGCCCCCGACUCCGUCAGUAUUGGGCGGACCGGGGCGACGAGUGGGCAGUCGGUGGGGGACGCCAGGUUGAGUCAAUUUGCUGGGCUGUCCGUGGGACGCCAAGAAAAGCGCGAAAGUACUGGCUGCGCCGCGGAUUGGAUAACCGACGAGCUGCUCACCCUGGCGGGGAAACUCAAGACGAUCGUUCCGAAGGGAACGUGGGAAAGUCUGGGUAGCGAAAACGAGAUUGCCGAGGAAAACGGCUACAAUGUGAAGAAGCGGCCGCAGGUGCGGGUGUCGUUCGAGGUGCGGCGGGAUGUGCUUCUCCACCAGCGCAUGGUGCACACGAGUUACCUGACGAAGGAGGCCAGCGAGGAUAGCCGUGACCAGCGCGGGACGACGAGCACCAUGUAUGAUGUGGCGAGGCAUGAGGUGGACACCGGGGUCCAGGCGGUGACGCCGGUUGUGGACAACACCGCACAGACGCCCUUCUCCCGGCGGGUUGACGCCGCCAUGCAGGUGCAACCCAUCCUUGUCGACGCCUGCAUUCGCAACAUAACAGUCCCCAGAAACGAGGAUCCGGCGAUGACGGCCUUCUUUCUUAAGGUGCUUCCCCGCACCCUACACUGUCUGCUGCAAAACUACGAGGUGCCGAUCUACCAAGAUGAAUUUACCCUGUUUACGGAGGAUGACGCGAUUGUCGGCUCCCGUGACGACACUGUCCUGAUUGAAAAGGGCAACUACACACACACCACCAUGAAGGACCUUCGCGUUUCUUCCAUCAGCUGGCGAAGUUUUCGUCCCAAGGAUGACUUUGUUUGCAUGGCCUCGGUUUCACGGUACACCUACGAAGAACGCAUCGAGGCAGAAAGGCGGUGUGAAACCGCCAUCAACCUCGUCUGGGAUUUUGCGGACCCCAUGCAUCCACGGGCCUUCUUGGAGGCUCCAGUGGAGAUCCAAGUUCUGCGCUUCAACCCGUUAAAGCCAAACUAUAUUGUAGGUGGUGCGAUGAAUGGGCAGUUGUUUCUCUGGGACCUUAACCGGAUGGACACCGCCACGGUUUCCAGCACAAGGGUUGGGAUAGAGCAUAUGGAAGAUCAAAAUGUAGUGCUUCGGGCCGAACCCGGAACGAAGGACAUUCCUCCGAUGGCGUUGAGUGUGAAGGGAGUUAGCACGGAGCGAGAUGGGGAUGUGCUUGUGCCUCGUCUUCAGCCGGUGCAAAGUUCUCGGGUGGAGCUUUCGCAUAGGCGUCCUGUGCAUGCCAUUCAAUGGGUGCCUGAUGGAUUGGAGUGUGGAUUUGAUGGGAAACAAACCGCGACGCAAGAAGGACGACAGUUUUUUUCGCUAAGCGAUGACGGGUACAUGUGCGUGUGGGACAUUCGUGCCGAUCAUCUUCCGCCGGAUAAACUUCGCAAGAUAAAACAUCAGGGCCGGGUCGGGGGUGAAGAGUUUCCGUGGGUGCCGCUGCUGCGUUACCAGCUGUCAAGGCCUGGUGGCGGUGCCGAGGUGAUGGGAUUCCGCUUUCAGGUAGAUGGCCUUGACUUCAAUGAGACACCGUCGUACGUCGCCGUCUGUGGCACCACGCUUGGGGAGGUUGUAAUGUGUAGCACGCACACCCCGGAUGAGCGGCGGGAGUUCACAACUCACGCGGACGAAACCCGUGUGGUGCGUCUCCUGGCGAAGGCGCACGCAGGGCCCGUCUACAGCAUCCGCCGACACCCUCUCAUCAGUGACGUUUACUUGUCCUGCGGCGAUCUUCACUUUAAGCUUUGGCGUGUGGGUUUGGACCGUCCCAUUUUUAUUUCGUCGCAGCAUGAUGCCCCCGUCACCUGCGCCUGUUGGGCGCCGCUGCGGGCGAGUGUUGUGGUGGUAGGCACAAUGGAUGGAAAGAUUAUUGUGUGGGACCUGCUAGACAGAAAUCGCGAGCCGCUGCUUGUGCAUCAGCUUGUGCAGGAUGCCAUUACCGUCAUUAACUUCAAGCCAGUGCCCCCGGUACUGCCUCCGAACUACGUACAGUGCGUUGCCAUUGGCACAAGCGUCGGCUCAUUUCACUGGUACGCCUUGCCGAAAGUUCUUUCACGUGGCCCGAGUGGGGAGCAGCGGCACUUCCGUGCGAUGCUAGAGCGGGAGGUGCGUCGUGUGCACUACUACAGCUGGCGUUGGUCAGAACGCGAGCGCGAGCGGGAUCGCUACGGUGUCGCGGCUCCGAAGAUGCUGGGGAAAGCGUCCUCCAUUGUGGCCUCCGCCGAGGAAAAGGCGGUGUGGGCCGCGGAGGCCUUUGAGGAGAACUUCUACGCCUACGACCACCACCGCGACAAGGAGUUCCUCGAGAAGGUGGCGCAGCCGAUGCCGGAGGCGGAGAAGAUGGAGAUGGACGACGCGGCGGAGGAGGAGGAGGCCGAGGGGGCCAACGACGCCUCGUAG